UGAUCAUAUUUGUUGAGCGAAGCUCGCCUUGUGCGUAUUGAGAAAUAAAAUAUCAUAAAUUCAGGAUAUGUACGAGUAGUCGUGAUCACAGAUAUCUCAGGGCGGCUGCUUCAUGUUGCCAGCAUGGUGCGGUAGAAGGCACGAAAGUUCUCCGUUUAUCCGUUGUCUUCGCUUUUCAGUUAGUCACUUACAUUAGGGUUGUUUUUGUUCUUUAUGCAAGGGGGUUCGUUAAAUUCCACCAUUCGAAGUUAUUACUUAUCACCGUGUAACGUGUUACGUUGAGUCGUUGACGUUGACUAUAAUUUUUGCUUAAGCCAGUUCCCAUAUAAUCUUCUCUGAAGUUUACGCUGUUUUCGACCACUUUUCGGGACCCCGUUAUUUUCGACGAUAUCGCAGGUCUUCGCGUUCUCGUUAUUGCUUGGAUCGGUUCAUUAGUAAUCCGCACAACAUGCAGCGUAAUUGAUAGCUCGUUGCGGACUGAUGAUAUUGAGCAAAUGAAUUGCAGUGCGGAGUACUCGCACAGACUCCCAGUAUUACAGUAUCUUGCGAGAGUUGGAGUGUUCAGCCAUGCCUGCUCCGCAGCGCUGUCAGCCCUUGGAGCAGAUCUUUUGCGGACAGUGCCAGAAAUGGACGGAUCUUCCCUGUUUGUCGCACGCGCAACGCGUACGGGACGCCAGCGUGUUGCCUUAUUCGGUGGCCAGUCUUCCGCACAUUCUGUAUUUGGAUGUACCUCAACAUGGCCAGGCUGACAAGGCGGUUUUUGCCAAAGAAGCAGUUCUGCCUCUGACAGUUUUCGGCCCGUUAAUCGGUGUGCGCAGUAAAAAGGAGCCAGCGGAUGUUGCCUUCGCCUGCGGAAAUGCAACGAGAAAGGGAUUGCAUUAUUUCCAUCUGGAAUCCGAUGAGACGACCAACUGGAUGAAAUACGUCCGAUUUGCACAAUCUCCGGAGGAGCAAAAUUUAGCUGCGUACGAAGUACACGAAGCGUCUCCAUUACUCCCCGCUCCCGCCGUUUCCCCGACGCGAACGCAUGUGAUAUUUGUUUCAACGAAAACGAUCCAGCCGGGCGAUGAACUGAAGGUGGCCUACUCCCUGGUUUAUUCCCAGGCAUACGGUGGUCCCGAUGCUCCCAAGGCCCAACCUACAAGGAAGAAUCACGCGGCAGCUAGUCAGACUGUUGAACACGAUAAUCCGAACGCUUCUUCCACUGGGAAGGGCCUCGUUAGACCAGAGAUCAAUCCCAGCGUCGAGCCGAACGCUCCGACCGACACCAUCAUCCCACCGCGUCCGGUGACGACCGUCAAACGUCUGCGUUUCACCUAUAAGCGCAAUACACCGCGGCCGAAACCGGUCCCGAACGGUGCAUCCGUGAAAGAUAAGGAAAAUGAUACCGGUCAGGUGGCCAUAGAGGCGAGGCCGAAAAAGCGCCGAAAACUCACGGACGAUUCCAUGGAGAUGCCCAGUUUCUUGCUGCCCAAUUUCUUGCCGCCUGAUGAAGAGGAUCCCGUUGUGAAUAUGCCGGCGAAUGCGGAGGUUAGUGCGUAUGGAAUCGCUGCUGUCGCAGUGCCGGACGUUGCGGUUGAACCGGAAGUUGCCGUUGGUGUGGGGGAUUUUUAUGAUGCCGGGAACGAUAGCUUAGGGGGAGAAACAUCAACGUCUGAACCCAGAGUGACAGUUCCACAAGAUGAUAAUGGUGAAUCGACCCAACCGACGGAACCCGUCGAGCAGAAACGUGUCGCCGAUGUGUCUGAGGUACUGAUAAAACAAAUGGACAGUCUGAAAUCGAAAGCCCAUCUUAAACUCCGGAACAGCGGAGUGUGUUUGGUGUGCGGCAAACACAUGAAGAAUCUGCCGGAGCAUCUGGAGAACAUGCACACCGACGCGGAUGUUCAAGCGGUGGAUGAUGCGUGCUUCAUCUGCCACAGGAAGUUCAAAAAUCGCUCGUCGCUGACUCAUCAUUUCAAUAUUGUUCACCGCGUAGUGACGACCGUGCCCGAUGAAGCCAGUCAAGCGGCCGCUCUGGAAUUUAUGCGCCGAACGGGAUUCUUGAAUUACUGUUGCUCCAAAUGCCGGCAAACGUUUCCCAGUAAAAAGCUGCUGGAUUUGCACAGCUUUAAGCAUAAUAAGGACCACACGGAUCAGCAUCAGCGCCGGUGCUCCGAAUGCCCGUUCGAAGCGGCGAAAUUCGCCGAUCUCGUCAAGCACACCUCCAAGCACGCUUUAUCACGCAAGCUCCAGCGAUUUCCCUGCUUGCUGUGCGGUGCCGAAAUUGGCAACUCCAUCCGCGAGCACAUGGAAAUCCACCACCCGGAAGCCUUUAAACUGAUCAAGGAAGCCUGGAAAUUCCAGUGUCCGGAGUGUCGGCAGACGUUUCCUGGGAAUACCAAUCUCAACAACCAUGUGUCCAUUCAGCACAAAGGCUGGCAGUGUGUGUACUGCGGGCAGCGUGGCGCCCGGGGGUGGCUGGUCUUCGACCAGCACGUCCGGACCCAUAAGAUCGAGAAAUCGUUUCCCUGUCUGGUUUGUGAUAAAUCGUUCAAGAAAUACCAUCGACUAUGCAUUCAUCUCCGAGAUUCUCAUCAAACCGAGUCCGUGCAGCAUCCGGACAUGGUGGCGGUGGCGGACACCGCGGCAUCGGCGCUUCCUCCCGUGAUGGUGGAACGCGCCAUCGAGCACAUGCGUGACACGCAGCAAUUCUCCUGCUAUUGCUGGAAAUGUAAGCAGUCUUUUGCGAGCUUUGAGCUGCUCGAUCUGCACGCAUUCCGGUAUUUGGAUUCUGAGGACCCGCAAGACGAUCCGCGUCGGGAGUGUCCCGCCUGCCCGUUCCACGCGGCGAGUUUUGCGGAGUUGGUGCAGCACACCUCGCAGCAUCGUCUGCGCAAGCUCGACCGGCGGCCGUGUCUGAUUUGCGGGACGAGUGUGAAACAUGUGCGCGCGCAUAUCCAGCAACAUCAUCCCGACGUGAUGCAGCGCAUCACGGAGACCUUCGAGCACCCGUGUCCGGAGUGUGGAGACCGGUUUCGGAGUCGCGGGGCGCUGGAGUUCCACACCAAGGUGAAACAUAAGGGCUACCAGUGCUGGUACUGCGCCAAGGUGUUCCGGGCGUCAAACCUGUUGGGCAGUCACGUGGUGGAGCACAGCGUCAACGGGGAGUAUCCCUGCCCCGCGUGUGACAAGAUCCUACCGAAUUAUCCACAGAUCAACGUUCAUUAUCAGGCGUGCCACGAUGCGACGCGGCUGAAGACGUGCAGUGUGUGUCAGGCAACGUUUUUCGGGGAAGACAAACUGGACCAGCAUAUGGCCGCCAGCCACAGCAAUGCGGACGAACGGGAAGUGAGCAAAACAGCGCGCUGUGGACGGCCGCUUGGUGCUAAACCAACUCGCGCGUGUGAUUUUUGUGGGAAAUCUUUUAAAAGUUAUCAAGCCAUGUAUUACCAUCGCCUCACGGUGCAUUUGGGGAAGAAGCCGAAAUACGCCCUGAAAGUGCGCGUGCAAUGCGAUCGGUGCGGCAAGAUGUUUUCUUGUAAAGAAACUUUGCAUAAUCACGUGCAGUGGGUGCAUAUGGACGGUGGCAAGAAGAAGCUCGCGUAUCAAAAGGUGCGGGCGGAAAGGAUAGCGGCCGGUCUGCCCGCCGAUCCGAUGUGCAACUAUGUCCGGCCGCGGAAUCGGACGGCCUUCGAGGAUUUCAAGUAUAAAUGCGAGGAAUGCCAGCUGGGAUACACCUGGCAGAUCUCCCUGACGAAGCACAACGAAUCCCGGCAUCCCGAGAAGAUCCUGCAACAGCCGAAGUAGCAGUCGUUAAUUCUGCGUUUUUAUUACUCCAGAUAGAUUUUGAUAUUAGACUGCCGCCUGCACUAGACCGGAAAUGGCUGCAUUGUCAGUAAUCAGUCCAGUGUGAACUCCCCCAUUGUCUGGAAUGUAUCUAGUGAUUGUCGUAGGGUGAUUGUAAACUUGUAAUUUGUGAGAAAUGCGUUUUCAGUUGUUGAGACAGACAGAUUUGUUACUACAGUGGUGCAAAGUUGCGAUGCUGACGCUGCGCCAGAUUGUGCGAUCACCGCU